ACUCGGGUCGCUCGCGGGGCCUGCAGGCGAGGAGGAGCCGGCUGGGCCCGGCCAAAGGCAUGGGCGUGAGGAUGGAGAGCAGCGGCUGGAGCAGCAGGAGGAGGAGCCCAGUGAUUGAGUACGAAGCCGUUCCUAGGUAUGGACCCGCAAGCCCAUUCAAAGGACAUUUAAGUACUAAAAGUAAUGCUUUCUGCAUUGACUCCUCCUCCCGCAGACUAAGUAACCAGUACCUCAUCAGGGAUCACAUGGCUGUCCACUACAAUAAAAUCCUUUCAGCCAAAGCUGCUGUAGACUGUUCAGUACCAAAAAGCAGGCUAAACAGCAUAAAAUUGUCAGAUCAGCAAAGAAGAGAGAAGCUCAAGAAGGAAAUAGAAAAGUGUGAGAAGGAAAUGAGCACCUCCAAAAAUGUGUCCCGAUCCAGUUCUAGGGAGAGUAGACGACCACUGUCAGCCGCAUACAAAAAGGAAUCAUUGGAAGCAGAAAACAACACGAGGCUCUCCUAUGCACCAAAUGAACAGAAGUAUGUGUCAACUCCAGAGAGGCACAUCAUGGACUUCCGUGAUACUGAAAAAUCUGCCAGGAAGCCUCCUCUGAAAGUCUCCAAUAUCUUAGUCUCGCAGUCAAGUAUAAGUACAACAAGUCUGCAAAGACUGCCCUACAGAGUUUCCUGCAGUUCUUCUUCUGACAGCAUUGUGAACUGGUAUCCUCGCAAGGCCCAAAAGGUAGAAUCCAAAGUACAGAGCGCGGAUCUCCUCGACAGACACUCAGAACAUUUUACCGACAGCCAGCAGCCAUUCACACCGCGCACCUUAAAAUCAGAUGCCAAAUCCUUCCUGUCACAGUACAGAUAUUAUACUCCAGCCAAACGGAAAAUCAAAGAUGUCCCAGUACAGCAUGUGGAAGUGGAAACACAGACUGACUUAAGCAGUUUUCAAGUAGAAUCUGAAGAAUUUGUAAAAAGGGAUAUGGCUGACUUUCAGAAGAUCAUAAAGGAGGUAGAAGACUCAGUGUCUGCCAUGGAAGAUAAUUGUGGAGGAAUAAAGACACCUUCUCAGUUCUCCUCACCAAGGGUAACUUCUCCAUGUUCUGGACAGUCUCCGAUGAUGAGAAGAAUUCAGGCUGAAGAAGAAGAACUUCUGUAUUUGAGUUUCAUCCAGGACAUAACAGAUGAGAUCCUGAAACUUGGAUUGUUUUCUAACAGGGCUUUGGAACGGCUGUUUGAGCGUCACAUACACCAAAAUAAGAAUCAUCUCAAUGAGACCAAAAUGCGUCACCUGUUGGAGAUCCUGAAGGAGGACUUGGGCUGCAACCAAGAGAAAAAAGAAGGGUUUGGUCUAGUUCGGAAUGAGCCAGCAGAACACCUCCAGCUCCCCCACAAACUGCAAAGGCAAAAAAGUGAGGAGUUUUUAAAGGCAAUGGAUUUACUAGCAAGCGAAGCAGCUCCAUCGAGACCGCCGGCAUGCAGCAAUGCAUUCGAGAAGGUGGAGGGCAAAGAGAGCUUUUCCAAAGGCCUAAGGGGCUCAUUGAAUGCAGGGCUGGACCCACCCCCUUGCCCAGCACAUGAAGAAAGCCCAGCCACCUCAUGCACCAUGCCACCAACACUUGGUUCUACCACCUGCGACGCUGACUUUGAAACCAGCGAGUCUUUGCAGGAACUUGAUGAACUCCAAGAAAGCAUGGCGGAAUCCCUUCGCCUCACCACUGACAACGCAGAACAAGCCAACAACUAGCAGCAAAGUACCAAGAAACCAGCAGCGUAAAGAUCUGGGACGUUGCUCAUUCAAUAAAAUGCUAGCAAACCAUCUCCUCCCCCCCUGUUUUAGAUGCACUUGAAACCACUUGUAC